AUAGUUGAUUUGUUUUUCUUCAAUUUUUUGGAAAAAUGAAUUUUUAAUUAUUCUAUUUAAUUAGAUUUCUAUUUUUAAUUGUUUGUUCUGUUGAGAUGAAUUUUUUCUUACCCUUACGAUCAUUUUCAUCAGUAAUUCCUUCAGGUUUUAAGGCUGGUCCAAGUGUUCGUAAUCUUUUAUCUCUCUAUGGUUUAGAUGGUUUAACAAUUAAUGCUUCGGGCCCAAGGAAUGUCCUUCUUAAAUCAGAUGUAUUGUCUUACAUUUCCUCCAAACAAUUAAAGCCUCGAACAACUGAUGAAUUAUUAAGUGGACUUGGUGAUGAUAAAGGUGAACCAGUUAAGGUGUACAAAAGUUUCCCCAGACCGAGUCCAGCUAAAUGGCAAGACAUUGAAACCUCUGGGAUGAGACGAACGAUUGCCAAACGAUUAACUCUUUCUAAAUCAAAUAUACCUCAUGGAUAUAUGACUAGUCAAUGUUGUGUCGAUAAAUUGUCACAAUUAAGAGUUUCAAUGAAAAAAGAUGGUCUCCCUGUUUCUCUUAACGAUAUGAUAAUCAAAACCUGUGCAAUAACAUUGAAAAAGGUUCCCCAGGUAAAUGGUAUGUGGGACGAAUCAAGUGGAACAGUUAAAUUAUUACCCUCGGUUGAUAUUUCCAUUGCUGUGGCUACACCAACUGGUCUAAUUACUCCGAUAAUUAAAGAUGCCAACAAUUUAUCGGUUUUCGAAAUAAGUACCAAAGUAAGAGAUUUGGCUGAAAGAGCUCGAGUUGGUAAAUUAAAACCCGAAGAGUACCAAGGAGGCAGUUUUAGUAUUUCCAAUCUUGGGAUGUUCGGAAUCACUCAAUUUGUCGCCGUAAUUAACCCUCCCCAAUCAGCGAUUCUCGCCGUCGGAGCAAUUAAACCAGGAGUCACAGAAGAUGAAAGGAUAGUUCAAUUGAUGCAUUUUACUCUUUCAUUCGAUGCUCGAGUGAUCGAUGAAGGAAUCGCAGCUCAAUUCCUUUCCAAUUUAAAAGAAGUGAUAGAAGAUCCAACGAUGGGUUUAGUUUAGUUAAGUAAAUUGUUCUAUUAUCAAAUCUACUCAAAUGAAAUUAUAUUUAAUUUCUGUAACAUAAUAGUUUCUGUUUUCUUAGUUUACCCUUUACUUUUUUUUCGUUAAUCUAUCUGAUCCUUUAAUCCAAUGAAAUGUUAUAAUUAUUAACCAACAA